AUGCGUACUCACACGGGCGAGCGGCUGUUCCAGUGUUCAGACUGCGGCAAAAGCUUCAGGUGCCUCAGCUUCUUGACCAAUCACAUCAAAACACACUCGCUCGCCAGACCUUUCAAAUGCAUACAGUGUGUCAAGACUUUUCGCAAGAAAGCAGACCUCAUCAAACACAUCCGCGUGCACACUGGCGAGAAACCGUACAAGUGCACCAUCUGCGGCAAAAGCUUCUCUCAAGGCUCAUACUUGAAGAUUCACCGUGAAUGCCACACCUCAGAGAACCUGCACCAGUGUCCUCACUGCGACAAGAGUUUCCCGACAGCAUUUAAGCUGUCCAUUCACAUCCGCUACCAUUCCAUGGAGCGCUCGUACCAGUGUAACCAAUGCGGGAAGAGCUUCAUCUAUGCCAGCCUCCUUCGAAGACACAAAGGUUAUCAUGCAGGUGAGCGGCAGCAUCUGUGCUCCAUCUGCGGCAAGUCCUUCGUCUACAUGUUCGACCUGAAAAAGCACCAGCGCAACCAUGAGAGACCACGAAUCAAGAUCCCGUGCACCCUUUGUAACAAGACGUUUGCAGGACCCGAGAUGCUGAGGUGCCACCUGCGCAUACACACCGGAGAACGUCCAUUCCGCUGUAAGAUCUGCGGAAAAGCCUUCUCUCAGAUCGGGAACAUGAAGAGACAUGAGCGCGUGCACACGGGCGAGAGGCCGUUCACCUGUGAAAGAUGUGGGAAGACAUACAAGCACUCGUCUCACCUGAAGAACCACAUGCUCAGCCACACGGGUGAGCGGCCGUGGCAGUGCUCUCAUUGCGGGAAGAGCUUCAAGUUUGCUGGGCCUCUUAAGAAACAUGAGAGAACUCACUUGGUUGAACGAGGAAAUCGUAGAAGAAGCUACGACCAAAACACGUAG